UGCCAAUCCGGAGAGGCAACUGUGGUGGGGGCCGAGGAGGGACAUUUUAAAAGGGCCUGGGAUUGCGGGCGUCAGUGGCCAUGGCGGAUACAGCGACUACAGCAUCGGCGGCAGCGGCCAGUGCCACAAAUGCCUCGCCCGAUGCACCCCCUUUCCAGCUGGGAAAGCCCCGCUUUCAGCAGACAUCCUUCUAUGGCCGCUUCAGGCACUUCUUGGACAUCAUCGACCCUCGAACUCUGUUUGUCACUGAGAGACGUCUCAGAGAGGCUGUGCAGUUGCUGGAAGACUACAAGCAUGGGACCCUGCGCCCUGGAGUUACCAAUGAACAGCUCUGGAGUGCACAGAAAAUAAAGCAGGCUAUUCUUCAUCCAGACACCAAUGAGAAGAUCUUCAUGCCCUUUAGAAUGUCAGGUUACAUUCCUUUUGGGACUCCAAUUGUGGUGGGUCUUCUUUUACCCAACCAGACUCUGGCCUCCACUGUCUUCUGGCAGUGGCUGAAUCAGAGUCACAAUGCCUGUGUCAACUAUGCAAACCGCAAUGCUACCAAGCCUUCACCCGCAUCCAAGUUCAUCCAGGGGUACCUGGGAGCUGUCAUCAGUGCUGUCUCCAUUGCUGUGGGCCUUAAUGUGCUGGUUCAGAAAGCCAACAAGUUCACUCCAGCCACCCGCCUUCUCGUGCAGAGAUUCGUGCCCUUCCCUGCUGUAGCCAGUGCCAACAUCUGCAACGUGGUCCUGAUGCGGUAUGGGGAGCUAGAGGAAGGGAUUGAUGUCCUUGAUGCCGAUGGCAACCUCGUGGGCUCUUCUAAGAUCGCAGCCAGACACGCCCUGCUGGAGACGGCGCUGACACGCGUGGUCCUGCCAAUGCCCAUCCUGGUGCUUCCCCCGAUCGUCAUGUCCAUGCUGGAGAAGACAGCACUUCUACAGGCCCGCCCCCGGCUGCUCCUGCCCGUGCAAAGCCUGGUGUGCCUGGCAGCCUUUGGCCUGGCCCUGCCCCUGGCCAUCAGCCUUUUUCCGCAGAUGUCAGAGAUCGAAACCUCCCAGUUGGAGCCUGAGAUCGCCCAGGCCACAAGCUGCCGGACAGUGGUAUACAAUAAGGGGCUGUGAAUGCAGGCCAGCCAGCCUGGGGAUACAGUACACCCCAGGACGGGCAGUUGGGGCAGGGAAGAAGUCUUGGGAGCUGCUCUGGUAGGGAGGAGACACCUAGGAGCAGUCAACCCGCAGUGAUAGGGAGACUAACCAUUCACAUUUUAACACAGGGGAGAGGAAUUCUGACACAUUUCCUAUACAAAAGAAUCAAGUGUAUUUGGGGGCCUUGCCUGGGGUUGUCUGAACUCUACUUAGCACAGUCAUGUGUAAAGCUGAGGAAACUGUAGAAUGCCUGUGGGGUAGAAUUAGGAUCCUUUUAUACAUUGCCUUUUUGUUUUUAAUUUUUGUUUUUUAUCAAAAGCAAGUCUGGGCCUUGGUUGUAGCUGACCAGAAGUGACCUGAGGACAGGUGGUGAGAGCACAAGCAGGCCUGGGAACUGGGUUGGCUGGAUGCUGGGCUGGUAGCUUUAGGAAAUCAGAGUGGCUUCGCUGGUGAGGGAAGAAGGGGAGGUGAUCUGCAUCCCACAGGGUGAAGGAGCCAUGAGCAAGGCCCUCAGGAAUUGGCCCAGGGAAUGGAGAAGCACUGGAGAUUUCUGGAAGACUCCAUGAGAGGUGGGCUCUGCAGUACCAAGCUCCGGUUCACACUAUAAGCUGCAGAACUAGUUCCACUGAGUGAAGCCCAGUGACUCUGUGCCUGGGGUCACCCUUCUCAGAGAUCACACUAACUCAAGGCCGCUGAGCGGACCCCAUCUUUAGGAAAGACCGCACUAGCCUCUACAGAAAGAUCCUCUUUGAAGGGUAGGCUGGAGGCCCUGCACUGGGGCUGAAGGUGAGUCGGAGCCAGACCUGCUGCUGUCCAGUCUCCGUCACUUAGCAGUCUCCUGCCUGAGAGUGCAAGCCCAGAUCCCUGGCACUUACCUGAGAGGCAGCAUUGACCAGGAAUGCAAGCUCAGCUCUGGCACUAGCAGGUUCUAUGGCUGUGGAAAACCAACUCAUUUCUCUGAGCCUCCAUUCCCUCUCUGGAAGCAGAAGACUGCAGCGUGGGUUCCCGCUACCGUUCUGGCUAUCUCUGCCUAUCCAGCAUGGAUGCUAUUAUCUACGUCCCCAAGGACAACUGUGGGCUGGGAAUGGGGCAGGUCCCUCUGCAAAUGGCCAGCACUUGGCCUCAGGAAGGGCUUUGCAUUGCUCUUCCACAUCCUGGAAGCCCUUGAUCUCUGUGCCAAACACUUCACAGUUGAAGAGGAGGAAGUAGUGUGCAUGCCUGGGCCUGAGCGUGGGGCAGGGCCUGCAUGGCAUCUCUACCCCCUCAGGCUCAAAUGUCCCUUGCUGCUGACUUGUCAUCUCCUUCGCAUUUUCAAACCAGGGAGAAGAAAGCAGGAUCUGGGUAGACAUGAAGAGGUGACUCCUGGUCUGAAAGGCCCGUGGGAAGGGGAAAGUACUAGUUUUGAUAAACUCUUAGUGGAAGCCCUGGCAUUUGCACUGGACCCUCCCAUGUGACUCCCCCCUACUCCACCUCAGAAGGGGUCUGACUGGAGGUGAAUGUGCAUUACUGCAGGGAAAGGCUGACAUAGAGUAGCAAGGUGAGCCCUUAGUGGCCUACCCACAUCUUAGGGCAGGCUCAGCUGUGGUAAAGUGAAUCUGUCAUGGGCAUUGGCACUGUGGCUCCCAGUGACUGCCAGGCCACAGCUCACUUACAGCUCAUCCUGACCCCAUUUGUCAUAUGGCCUUGUUCUUGUGCACUUUAUCUUGGGACCAAACUUGCCCCCCGCCAACCCUUCCCCUCUAGAGGCCUGGCCAACCUAAGGCUUUCCCAAUUCUCCCACUGUGCUAGCUGCCCCAGCCUACCCUCAUGCAUACCCAUGUGGCCUCAGCACCCAUUGCCUGUCUCCUUUGUCUCUGGGUGAUUUCCUAAGUGCAAGUCCAAGUGAUGGAAGGAGACAGCUUCUAUGGGGGUGCAGUAGCAAAGGAUCCUUCUAGUUCAGGGUGCUGGUGGCAAGAUCAUGGGCUAUGCUGCUAAGCCCUGGUGUGGCUUCAGAAAACCCCACAGAGAGCAGCUUUCUGCAAAUACCCUUGUCCAUCUCUGCUGAGGCUAGAGAUGUUGUGGGGAUAAGACAGGCUGAGCCUAACUUUGCCAGAAUACAGAGCAUACCUGCAACAGGCACUCCAGCCCUGCAGUGCCUGACCAGCUCUCUGGUCAGUUUAAACAUUCCCUCCAGUGCCAGGCUGCUCUUCUCCUAUUCCCAGAAAGCAAUGUGACAGUUCAGGGGCCAAAAGCCCAAAAUGUCAAGAUGGCCACCAAGCCAAAAUGGCUGACAAAUCCCUUUUCACUUCCUGUUUGUGAGCUGGCUUGCUUCUGUCCUGAGCCUCUGGCUUAGGAGAAGGAUGGGGGGUUCUGGUGAGGAUUUUUCAGCCAGUGGAAGGAGGGUCCAGGGUGGCCUUCCAGCAUUGGGCAGGUGUGAGUGAGGCCCAACACAUGCCUCAGCACACUGGGGAUUAUACAUUGUCUUUUUAACCUCAGAAAAUUUCUCAAUCUGUAUGAUUUAUGUAUUACUAAUGAUCUGGGCAAUAAACAUGGAUUUAAAUCA